AUGGGCUUUUGUGGUGAAUAUGCACUUAUGGUGAAUGCAGCUAGUGAAGGUUCAAUUAAUGCAUGUGUAAUUACUUUGAGGAGAGGAAAAGAGAUAAAAGGAAGAGAUAAAGAGGUCGAGGAAAAGAUUGUUGUUUAUGAGCCGGCGACUGAGGCUGAGCCAGAGCUAGAACCUGAGCCAUCUACAUCUCGUGAGAAGCCCAAUAAAUCACCACCUCCACCACUUUACGAGCCAGCUCCUCCUUUCUCAGAAGCACUACAAGACACUCAGAAAAAGGAGUGUGAUCGUGACAUUUACGAGACUUUACGUAAAUGUGAGGUAAAUAUUCCCCUUUUGGUUGCUUUGAAGCAAAAUCCAAGGUAUGCCAAAUUUCUUAAGGAAAUGUGUACUACAAAAAGGAAUCGAAGAUUAAGGGGAACUCAAAAGGUAAAGGUUAGCGAGCAUGGCUCUGUCAUGUUUCAAAAGGCACUUCCUCCGAACUGCAGUGAUCCAGGCAUGCUCGCUAUCCCUUGCGUGAUUGGGAACACCACGUUUCCUAGGGCUAUGCUGGAUUUAGGGGAUGCGAUUAAUGUCAUACCAUAUUCUUUAUUUGAAUCCCUAAAACUAGGUACCCUGCAUGAAACUAGUGUUGUCAUUCAGUUAGCCGAUCGUUCUAACGCUUACCCAAAAGGAAGAGUAGAGGAUGUGUUGGUUAAGGUUAAUAAGUUAAUCUUUUUUGCUGAUUUUUAUGUUUUUGACAUGGAGCCUGACAAGCACGCCACUCAUAUUUUGUUAGGAAGGUCAUUUUUGAAAACUGCUAGAAUAAAAGUUGACGUGCAUAGCGGUUGUCUUACUAUGGAAUUUGAUGGAAGUCUUGUAGAGUUUAACAUCUAUGACUCCAUGAAAUUCCAAAGUGAUGACCACUCUUGUUACUCCAUAGAUGUCAUCGAUUCAUACUCGCGGGAUGUUUUUGAGAUAGGUGGUGAAGAUUCUUUGCAGGGAGCUCUUGAACAUAGCUUGGAAGGAAGUGAUGUUCAAUAUGUUUUAAAUGCUAACUUGCAAGAAACAGUCCAGGCCUUGGAGGAACAUGCACCCAUAGUUGAGCUAAAAUCAUUGCCUGAGCAUUUGAAAUAUGCAUUUCUUGGAAACGGAGAUACACUGCCAGUGAUUAUAUCAAGUAAGCUCUCCGAGGAACAGGAAAGAAAACUUAUCGAGGUGCUAAAAGAGCAUAAGGAGGCGAUUAGGUGGACUAUAGCAGAUAUCAUGGGAAUUAGCCCAACCACUUGCAUGCAACGAAUUUUGCUGGAGGAUGAUGCAAAGCCCGUGCGACAACCUCAAAGCAAAUGGGUUAUUCCGACCCAAGUUGUUCCAAAGAAAUCUAGAGUCACUGUUAUGGAGAACCAACAUGGUGUUUUAGUGCCCACCCGUGUCCAAAACGGGUGGCUAGUCUGCAUUGACUACCGUAGGCUUAACGCGGUGGCUAUAGUGCCUGAAGAUCAGGAGAAAACAACCUUCACGUGUCCCUUUAGCACGUUUUUGCAGAAAGAUGUAGAUUUCGUGAUGGACGAAGCGUGUAAGAAGGCAUUUGAGGAUUUAAAAGGGAAGCUAGUUUCAUCUCCUAUCAUUCAACCUCCAGAUUGGUCUCUUCCAUUUGAGAUUAUGUAUGAUGCAAGCGACUAUGUCGUAGGUGCGGUGCUAGGACAAAGAGUUGGAAGGGUGCUACAUGCCAUCUAUUAUGCUUCUAUGACACUGAAUGAGGCACAGCGUAACUACUCCACAACAGAGAAGGAGUCGUUAGUUGUGGUGUUUUCACUAGAGAAAUUCCGAUCCUACUUUCUUGGGACAAAAGUAAUUGUUUUCACUGACCAUGUACCCUCCGCCAUUUAA